GCUUGGAUAAUAAGGGAUGAUUCGGGAAAUUAAUAGUUUUAAAAAAAUGCAAUAUGCUAUGAAUUGAACUCAUUAAGUAGCCUACAAGUGGGUGCUUGAAUAUCGGACAUCUAUACAUUUUGAUCUAUAGAUCUGAGAAGACUAAAACACCAAGCCAUGUCUUGUGUGCUGGUGUUUGUGAACUGUGUGAUCCUGUUGCUCUUCGCCAGCGACAUGUUCUUGGUCAGAGCAAACCGCCCUCCUGCUCCCGUGAACGUGUCUGUGAUGCACCUGAGGGCCGACUCCGCCACCGUCUCCUGGGAGGUACCUGAGGGUGACGUCGUCAUCGGCUUCUCCAUAUCACAGCAGAAGCAGCAGGGCCAAACCGAACCCUUCAUCAGGGAGAUGAACACCACCAGUAUGGCCUGUGUGCUGUGGGAUCUGGACGAGGAGACAGACUACAUUAUCCAGGUCCAGUCCAUUGGUCUGUAUGGAGAGAGUCAGGCCAGCAAGAAGGUCCACUUCAGAACCCUCAAGAAGUCUGACCGCUUCCUUUCCAACAGCUCCAAUCAAG